UCAAGGACAAGAUCGGGUGCGCCCGAUUUUCUUCAGUCUUCGAACCAGACUCAGUUGAAGAACCUGGUGGAGCCCACACGAGGUAUAGUAUAAGGUUCCCUUUGAGAUAUGCAAGAGCAUAAGCUGUGAUCGAAUGGAGCCAAGCCAUGGCAUUUUGGUCUUGGGCUUGAACCCGGGCCUGCAACACAUUCUUCGCUUGCGUUCGCUGGACCUUGGCCAGGUUAAUCGAGCAGAAGCUCACACCCUUGGAGUCGGAGGGAAGGGGCAGAAUGCGGCAAAAGCUGCAUGCACUUUGGCUUUGGCAUGUGAAAAGGCCAGACGCCGUCGUGUGACAGUGGCUCAGUUCUUGGGUGGCUACACUGGAGAGCAAAUUCGUCAGCUGCAGGAGCAGGAGGGGAUUGAAGAUAUCACAGUGGCAGGUGCCAUGACCCGCGAAUUCAUGACCUUGGUGGAUUUCCCCCAAGACUCAACAGACGGGAUCAACCGGGUCGAUGAAGAUGGGUCAACUCCGUGCUUUGCGACUUCCCCAACGGUCUCGGAGCUCAUCACGCCUUCUGAACCCGUGAGCAUGGCCGCGGCCGAGGAACUCUUAUCGAAAGUAGUCGCUGCUGCUCCUACUUUCAGGGGCAUUCUUUUAAUGGGGACAUGGCCGAGUGGGACCACGCGAGACUUCUACAUGGAAGCAGCGAAAGCCAAGGCCAAUGACGCGGUGGUGCUUUUGGAUGCCGCCAAGCCCGUGCAGGACGUGCUUGACAUCCUUGAAGCUGGCAAUGUGGACAUCUACAAGGUGAAUGCAAUGGAGAUCUGCAACCUCAUGGGCUAUGGGUGCAAGGAGGGCGAGGCAUCUGAAGAGCAAAUCCGCGAAGUAGCAGCCAAAGCGCUUCUACGUUUUUCUGCUGUGAAACACCUGGCAAUCACAGAUGGCGCGAAAGCUUCCUUUCUCUUCUCCCGUGACAGCCGUCAAGGGACUCGUUGCACUCGCUAUGACCUUCCAGCUGUCCCAUGGAGAUGUGCCCGCACCGGAGACUUCAAUUUGCAUUCUUCUUGCACCCAAAGCUGGGCACGAAAGAGGAUCCUGUCAGGUGUUUGUGGUGUAAAUCCAAUCGGAGCAGGUGACACUGUGGCUGGUGUCCUCAUGGCUUCCUUGUGCUUUGGCGUUGCCAAUGAUGUCGAGGAUUGCUGCGUGGGUGAGCGAAUGGAAGACGGGGAGGCGAAGGAGGCGAUGCUCUUUGGCCUGGCUGCGGGCAGUGCCAAGGUGAAGAGUGAAGGAGAAGGAGGAAAGCUUGAUUUUGAGACCAUGAUGGGCCUGAAGGCGGCAAUAACAGCCACAAGAGCCACAAGCCAGUAGGUUCCGUCGCAAAAAGAGGGGGUGUGCCUGUGCCUUCCGCCACUUGUGCUCACGUCUCAAAAGCGGCCGGGAAGAUUUCAUUGAAUUUGAG